CUUUGUCAUAUGCUACAUUCAUGAUUUUUGUUUUUUUUACUAUAUUUUGAAUCCUUAUGAGAGUUGGUACUUAUGACUUUUCUCUUUAUCCACUUUGAAUUUAAAAAAAAAAAAUAAGAUAACGAAGUUUUCUCUUAUGUUAAUAAUCCCUUAAGAUAGUGAUUAUCACUUGAAUUGAUUCUUUAGGCACAUAAAAAAGUUAGGAAAAAAAUAUGGCUGGUGGAGGUUUCACAGAUGGUGGGUCCCUCAAGAGGGCUCAUCUUUAUCAACAUAAGAUUACUGGAUAUCUCAUAUUUUCUUGCAUUAUUGGAGCUCUUGGUGGGGCUUUAUUUGGCUAUGAUCUUGGAGUUUCAGGUGGAGUUACUUCCAUGGACGAUUUCCUCAAAGAAUUCUUCCCGCACGUGUACGAAAAAAAGCAUGCCAAUACUUCAGAAACAGAUUAUUGUAAAUAUGAUGAUCAAAUGUUGACACUCUUUACUUCAUCACUCUACUUUGCUGCUCUUGUGUCCACAUUUGGUGCUUCAAGUCUAACAAAAUACAAAGGCAGAAAAGCUAGUAUCUUAGCUGGCUCUGUAAGUUUCUUUUUAGGAGCUGUUCUUAAUGCUAGUGCUAAAAAUGUUGCAAUGUUGAUCAUUGGGAGAAUCCUUCUUGGCAUUGGAAUUGGAUUUGGAAACCAAGCUGUUCCUUUAUAUCUGUCAGAAAUGGCUCCUGCAAAAAUCAGAGGAGCAGUGAAUCAACUCUUCCAACUAACAACAUGUUUAGGAAUUUUGAUUGCAAACCUUGUGAACUAUGGUACUGAGAAACUUCAUCCUUGGGGAUGGAGAUUAUCCCUUGGUUUAGCUACUGUUCCUGCAACAUUCAUGUUCAUUGGAGGUUGUUAUUGUCCCGAAACACCGAACAGUCUCGUCGAACAAGGCCGAAUCGACGAAGGUAGAUUAGUGUUAGAAAAAAUAAGAGGCACAAGGAAUGUUGAUGCUGAAUUUGAUGAUCUUGUUGAGGCUAGUAGAGAAGCAAAAUCUAUCAAGAAUCCAUUUCAGAAUCUGCUUUUGAGAAAGAAUAGACCUCAGUUCAUAAUUGGUGCUUUGGCUAUUCCAGCAUUUCAGCAACUAACUGGAAACAAUUCCAUUCUGUUCUAUGCUCCUGUCAUUUUCCAAACAAUAGGGUUUGGUUCUGGUGCAGCUCUAUAUUCAUCUGUUAUUACAAGUGUAGCACUUGUUGUUGCCACACUCAUCUCAAUGGCUUUGGUUGAUAAGUAUGGUAGAAGAGCUUUCUUUAUAGAAGCUGGUAUUGAAAUGACAUUGUGCAUGAUUGCUACAGCUAUAAUUUUGGCAGUUGAAUUUGGAAAAGGAAAACAACUGUCAUUGGGAGCUGGUAUCUUUCUAGUUAUAUUGAUUUUCUUAUUUGUUAUGGCAUAUGGAAGAUCUUGGGGUCCUUUAGGGUGGUUAGUUCCUAGUGAACUCUUUCCAUUAGAGAUAAGAUCAGCUGCACAAAGUGUUGUGGUAUGUGUCAACAUGAUCUUCACAGCUCUUGUAGCACAAUUCUUCCUUUUAUCACUCUGCCACCUAAAGUAUGGAAUUUUCUUAUUGUUUGCUGCAUUGGUUACCCUUAUGAGCUGUUUUGUCUACUACUUCUUGCCAGAAACUAAGCAAGUUCCAAUUGAAGAGAUUUAUCAUCUGUUUGAGAAUCACUGGUUUUGGAAGAUAAUAGUGAGAAAAGAAAACAAUGAGGAGGCUGUCACACCUGUAUAAGCCAAUAUCUCAGAAUCUUUUUCAUUCUGAUUUCAUAUAGAAGAAUUUUGUUCCAACAUCAUUUAGAAAAGCUAGAAGCAUAGCAGUGAAGUAGAUAUUAGUUUGGAGAUGUUUAGAAGAAUUUAUUUGAAUUCAAUAACAUAAAUUUUAAUACAAUUUUAAGCUAUAAGCUUAGCAAUAAGGUAGAUUAGUUUUUGACAAUGUUUUCAAUUAUUUU